AUGACGACCCGCAAGAGGAAGCAAGACGCUGAGGAGGAGGAAGAGCUCCAGGCUCUUCCAAGCGACCAAAGCGAAGAGGAAGAAGAAUACGAGUCUACUGAAGGCGAAGGCGAGGACGAGGACUACGAGGAAGAGGAAGAGGAAGAAGAAGAGGAGGAGGACGAGGGGGCCGAGGAAGAAGAGGAAGAAGAGGAAGAAGCCAGCAACGGCCCUGCUCCUAAGAAGCGAAAGACUACCCACGACGAGGACGAAGAAGAAGAGGAGGAGGAGGAGGAGGAGGAAGAAGAGGACGGAGAGAACGGUCUUCCUGAGGAAGAAGGAGAAGAAGAGGAGGAAGAGGAGCCGGAAGAGGAAGGAGAUGAAGAAGAAGAAGAGCCUGAGGACACCGCCAAGACAUCAGCCCCUGCGGCUGCUGCCGCCAAAGCCAAGGGGAAAGUUGUCCCCAAGGAAGAUGGCGCUGAGGUUGAAGGCGAGGAGGAAGAGUGA